CGGCCAGUCUUGGAAACUGUGUGUCAAAAUGGAGGAUUCUGCUUUGUUUUCCCCCGUUUCCCGCUUCUAGAGCAAGUGUGGCCAGAGGAUUCGGAUCAGGCGCGUCCUCAUGAACUCCCCGGAGAUCGUCACCAUCGGCUUCGUGUGGGAUUCGGAUCAGUCGGACCUCACCGAGGACGUGAUCCGCUCACUCGGGCCUCACCUCAGCCUGUCAGCGCUUUUCUACAGGGUGACCGACGAGCACGCCAACAAGGGGGAGCUGCUGCUCGUGGGGAUGAUCUGCUACUCCAGCCGCCACUAUUGUGCCUUCGCCUACCACACCAAGUCCUCCAAGUGGGUCUUCUUCGAUGAUGCCACCGUAAAAGAGGUCGGCUCCAGGUGGAAAGAUGUGGUCAGCAAAUGUAUUAAAGGUCACUUCCAGCCUCUUCUGCUGUUUUACGCCAACCCGAAUGGCAGCGCCAUUACGGCGGCGGAUGCGUCCCAGCAGAAUUUAAGCCAAACCCACUACAAGAACCUUGAGAAUGGAGAAGGCAAGAAUGGAGAAGGUGUGACAUCUCCGCUUCCGUCCCCCAAGAAACUGGAACUAACCAAAGAGAAUCUGAACGCUCUGCUGGGUCUUCCACGCUCCUUAAAUCAGAAGCCCUCUACCAGCUUUAGCCGCAACGGUGCCAGAACUAGUGGAGGACGUGGGCCAGGGAACACUGGCGCCAGCGAUACCAAGCGUCAACUCCAAGAGAUUUUCAGGGAAGUUGCGCAGCAAGCCAGCGGAGAGGCGCAUCCAGUCGGAAGAGACUCCGAUCGAAGCGGUCAGCGUCGGGCGGAAUCACGCUACAAAGAUGCUGGUCAAGAUCGCCUCCACUCACACUCCGUCUCCCCGCCAGAAAAUGGUUUUAAGCACUACAUGGACACUCGUUUGUACAGCAGCCAGGGAAAAGGUCCCACACGGAUUGACCGCCAACCCCAGCUCAGCAGCAGGUCUUCUCACGUGCCUCGCUCCAGCUCGAGAGUUCAAGCGCUACCCACCGUGCCCACCGUGAGAAGUGCUCACAACAGUAGGAAACCGGAGACCAACGGCUAUGACACCGAUAGCAGCCAGGACUCUCGCGGGCGUCCUGGUAGCGCGGGGAACGGUCACAGCAGAUCCACUCGGCCCUGGAAGCCCAUGCGGGAACCGCUCAAUGUGGACAGUGUCUCAAGCGCCACUGAUGACCCGGCCGGCGCAGAGCGGCAGCAGAUAAGUCCGCUGAGAUGGCCUAGCGGCAAGUCGGUGACGCGGGAGCGAGAGUGGGAGGUGAUGUCGGGAGGCCUCAUGACCAUUUACGAGGACGACCAGAGACACGAAAAUGGCAGCAGCCGCAGCUCGCUGGAGUCGCUCGGCCGGGGCGCCUACGGCGACAAGGAGAGGUCGAAGGGCACGGCCACUCUCAAAGUCUACAAUGACAACUGGAAGAUCCAGCGAACGGAAUCUGGUUACGAGAGCAGCGACAGAAUUAGCAAUAGCUCCGCAAAUCUGGACUCGCCCGUCGUGGAGAACUUUCCUCCCAAAGAACUCCACUCAAUAGGCGAGCUGCAGCUGACCCGGGAUAUUUUCCCUCCAAAGGGAAGUGAUGAUGACAUCAUGCCAGCUCCCUUUUGUACCGGUGAACAAGAGAAAAAGUCUCCAGACCUGUGUGACUCGCACAAACCCUUACAGAGAAAAAGAGCCUUCCGAUACACUCCCGGAGUCUUGGAAAACAACGACCUGGACAGCGAAAAAGAAGAAAACAUUGAUAGUCCAGUCAGCCCGAUUCCGCCUUACUCGACAAAGACAAGCAGUUCUGAAUGGAUCAGUUCAGACGACCUCGCCGGACCUUUCUCUGAACACGAGGCGAACCGCAUUGAUGCCUUUCCGCACAACUCCCCCCCUCCGCUACCCCCGAAACACUUUGGCGGUCAUCACACCGAUUCGUCGGAACCUCCAGAAAUACCGCCCCGUCGACCCAAAAGCACCACGCCGGCGCUCUCGCGCAACACCCUGAUCCGCUGGAUCGAGACGCCGGCCGAGCGCAGGCUCUCGUCCGACACCAGCUCCAACAAAUCCUCGGACCAGGAACGCAACGACCUGUCGGCCAGCGAGAGCGAAGACAAACUCCCUGGCCGAGAUGGCGCCGACUCCCCCGAUGUGGUUCUGCCCACAACUUAUUUCUCUGUGGAUAACUGCAUGACGGACACCUAUCGGGCCAAAUACCACAAGAGGCCCGCCUUGUACAUGAGAGCAGAGGAGCACACGUCUUCGGGGGAGAGUGACGUGGACGCCAGGGGACUUCCCGUUGCAAAUGCUGAGCCAUCAGAUCUCCGUGCCGACCGACCGCAACCAGGCUAUUCAGCAUCCACCAAGUCCAUUGCAAAGUGGAACCCGGUGACCCCGAAAGGACUGGAUGAGCACGGAUUCCUGUAGAGAGGGCUAAGGCAACAACACGCCUGUGACAAGAUUAAAAAAAAAAAAAAAUCACUAUGCAUUAUGACUGUUGUCCUGUUUGAAUGUCUUGAGCAGGAAUCUGGCAGCCAAUCAGAUUGCUCUUCGGAACGAGAUUGAACAAAUAUUGAAUUUGCACAACCAGAAAGGUACAGAAAAAGGACCUCUCCUGUUUUCAGGUUAUCAAGUCAAGACUGUACCAACUACUGAGCAAGUUUGUACUCUCCUGGUACAUUAAUGGAUCCUAAGGAUCCGUAUAAAUGGGUACACCCACAAAGGUAUGUGCGUACUGUAACACUUGAGAGCAGGGUUUCCCUAACUUAGGGGCAGAAGGCAAAACGGGCCGAGGUGAAAUCCGGUGCAAAUGUCUUCCUCCUCUCUCUUUUGUGUUAAUAAUAGGCCGGGCAGCCUGACCCUCUUUAGGUGAUGGGUAAUUCAUACUUAUUUGCAGCAAGUAUGUGGCACAAACAAAGUCUUAGCACUGGAUGACACUCGUAACUCCGCAAAGAUCCUUUUUUGGAAGCAUUUUGUUUUAGGGCUGGUGUUGUCAUAAUAAAAUGCUCUAAAUAUAUGUCGUAUUUGUUAAUGGUUGACUGUUUCAUAAGUGACACAGUGCCUUUUUGUGUGUAUAUAUAUACUGUAUAUCCAUAUUUUUUUUAGUGCCAAAGCAAGGUUUGAAUCAGCUAUAAUUUGUAAUUUUGGGGAGGGGGGAUUCCCAAGAUUUUAUUUUCAUUUCUAUUGAUCACCACUUGUUGAGUAAAAUAAACUGUUUUGAUUAACCUUGCCUAUA